UUAAACCCUAACCAGCGAAAAUCGAACUCCGAUGGUAUCCUGAAGAUGUGAUCCCCUAUGUUUUGAACUUUGGAUUCUUAUCUCAGCUCAGUUCCUUUCAACUCUUUUGGCAUGAUAAGAUAAGAUGGCUCUCCCCUCAUGCCGUUCGAAUCUUCACAAUUCCAUCUUUACAGUAGCUGCAUCUCCUCCUCGGUGUUCGCUGCAUCGCUACCAACGCUUGUUGCCGCGGUAUCAAAGAAAACAAAACGGCGUCCGUUGCUCCGCCGACCGCCGCGAGCUCUUUACCCGCAUUGCUCCAGUCUAUGAUAAUUUGAAUGACUUGCUGAGCUUGGGACAGCAUCGGAUAUGGAAAAAGAUGUGCGUUUCUUGGAGCGGGGCAAAAGAAGGAGAUAUUGUUCUUGAUAUAUGUUGUGGCAGUGGCGAUUUAACUUUCCUUCUAUCCCAAAAAGUUGGAUCCAAUGGAGAGGUCAGUGCCCUGGAUUUCUCAAGGAAGCAAUUAUUUAUUGCUUCAACUCGUCAAGACUUAUUUUGGAAGGCUUGCUACAAAAAUAUCAAGUGGAUUGAAGAUGAUGCACUUAAUUUGCCUUUUGAAGACAGCUAUUUUAAUGCUGUAACUGUUGGUUUUGGACUGCGUAAUCUUGUUGAUAAACGGAAAGCUAUGCAAGAAAUCUUUCGGGUUCUAAAACCAGGCUCAAAAGUGUCCAUAUUGGAUUUCAACAAGAGCACCUCUUCUUGGAUAUCUCAAUGUCAGGAGUGGACACUAGAUAAUGUGGUCGUUCCAAUCGCUAGCACUUAUGGCCUUUCGGAGGAGUACAAAUACUUAAAAUCAUCAAUUGCUGAAUUUAUGACAGGUCCAAACUUGGUUCAUUUUAUUUUAUUUGUUUUAUUUUACUCUUUUGAUUAUUGUCAAGGUUGCAGACUUGCAGUGAAAUUAUGCAUUUAUUAA